UCCUAAUAUGGAUUCUUUUAAUGCUACUCCUCUAAGGAUGCAAUGUAGUGACUCUGCAUGCAAGAAACACAGAGUGUACUUCUGUAAAAGCCACCAGAUGCAAACUUGUAAAAGCUGUGCAAACAAGAUGCACUUCAAAUGCCAGCUGGAUAUCAUCCACGAUCUGACUGAUCUCAAGAUCGAUGUGAUCGAAGUCAAGAGAUUUGUGAAGAGAUUGUUCGAGCUCAUAGCUGAGAACGGUCUAAGAAAAUACAGCCCUGACAUUGACGGCAAACUCAAAGAUUUUAGGGACAGCCUCGUUGAGACUGAGAACAAAAUAAAAGAUGCAAUUACUCACGAUCAUUUCGAACAAUUUGAAAUUCUUCAAUCUGAAAUCAAACAGGUGCAAACUCAGAUGGAUGAGAACGAAGUUGUCAAAGAUAUUUUGUACUUAUCAACUUUCAGAGACGUCAGCAUGUACAGCCUACCUAAGAUUGGUAAAGACUUAUCUUCUGCCACUAAGGUCAAAGAGAAGAUUGACGCUGUGGUCAAAGAAAAUGUGGAGCUGAUGGAGAAGAAGUUCCGUUCCAAAUCAAGGCAAUUUGAGCAACAGUGCAAGGCCAGGCUCACAGAAGAGUUUAAAGACCAAGUAUCAUCUCUCAAGACUGAGAAAGACACGAUUCAGGGUGAGCUAGACUCGCAGAAAGUGGCUACUGAGAGAGCACUCCAGGAUACAGAAAAUAUCCAGAAAGAAAAGAAUGACGCACUUGCACAAAAUGCCACUUUGGAAGAACAAAAGAAUGCACUGGAGACUGCCAAUGCUAGACUUGCAGAAGACUUGGAUGCGAAGCUGAAGGAAAUCAAUAAAGCAGAGAAGCAACACAGUGAAGACCAGAAGCAAAUUGAUCAGCUCAGUGAAGAGUACAAAAAUGCUGUUGGCCAGCUUGAAGAAGUAAAAGAUAUUAUCAAGAAUCAACUUAAAGGUAUUUGCCCAGAUUAUGACCCGGAUUCUAAAGACCUCACUCUGGACAUGACAAAGGACCAAUCAAAGAAACUCGUGCAAACAAUGGGAGACCUGAAGUCCUCUCUUGGAGACAUGAACAGACUGACGAUUGACAAAGUAUCCAACGAAGAUGCUUCCCUUAAUAACUUUAUCGCCAACUGUUGUCCUUCUUCUCUCAAAUUGUUUGCUUUUAAUGACACCUAUAUCGGAAAGGGAGAAGUGAUGCAAUAAAAAUAAAGUUCUACCUGGACAGUUUAAGCAAAGUUUUUCCAAAGGUAACCAAAGAAAUUUACAUGGAGAAUUUGAUAAUUGAUGAAGCUGAUUUGAACAAGGUAGUUAAACUGGCUUCAACUGCAGAGAGGCUGGUUCUCGAUCUCUGUAAAAUCACCACUUCUGCAUCUCUCGAUUUCUCUUCCCUCACUCACUCAAACCUCCAGUACUUAAGCUUCUAUUAUUGCGGAAACUCCACCUGGUGCAACAUGGAAUGGGAUAAGCACCCAUCCAGGUUCGAGCACAUCCUCGUAGCCAUCAAGAACUCUCCUCUCAAAGACUCUCUCCACAAGAUCAAUGUUAACAGAUGCAAGAUCUCAGUCUCAAAGGUAACUGAGUUGUUAGCCACCCUUGGACUCUCCCACAUCACGGCUGUUGAUG